AUGGGUUGCGGAGUGACGUUCGUCGAUAAAUUUCUCACCCGUAAUUUUUUCCGUUUGGGAAUGUUCGUGGGUAAAAAUCCCGGAUAUUUUCUCAUAAUACCCAUAUUGGUCGCGUUGUUAUGCCUCACGGGACGAUUUGGAAGAAUCAUAGCCAUUCCAAGGGACAAGGGAGACAUGUUGAGAGUUGAAAUAUGGAAAGAAUUAAGACUACUCGAUGAAUUGAUACAAAACACGACAGCAGAAUACGAGGGUGAAACGUUUACAUAUCGCGAAGUGUGCGCCAAAUGGAUAAACGAAUGUUUUCAAAAUGACAUAUUAAAUUUAGACUACGUAAUGGAAGACAUUGAAUCGAAAGAAUUAAAUUUAACGUUUCCGAUAAUGUUUAAUCCCGUGACGUGGGAUGCUCACACGUUUCCGGUUUAUUUUGGAGGUACCACGGUUAGCGAAGAUGGAAUCAUAACACACGUACCGAGCGUACAAUUGGUUUAUUUUGUUACGGCAGACAAUGAAAAACAAGAUGCCAGGGGAGCAGCAUGGGAAGAAGCAUUUUUAGACGCGAUCGGAAAAGCAGAAGAAGAACACACGUUCAAAUACAUUUCUACGGCAAGAUUUGCAUCGAGAACUUUGGAUAUAGAAUUGGAAAGAAAUACGCGAACGGUUGUACCUUAUUUCGGUUCGACCUUUGCCCUCAUGAUUUCAAUGAUCACGUGUAUGAUGUUCGAUUGGGUUCGAUCAAAACCUGCAUUAGGAUUAAUGGGUAACAUAUCUGCUGCAAUGGCAACAGUUGCCGCAUUCGGUUUUGCCAUUUAUUUAGGAUUCGAUUUUAUCGGUAUUAAUUUGGCAGCACCGUUUCUCAUGGUUGGAAUCGGUAUAGAUGACACGUUUGUUAUGUUGGCUGCAUGGAGGAGGACAUCAGUUACAAAAUCCGUACCUGAAAGAAUGGGACAUACGUUAAGUGAAGCUGCCGUAUCAAUAACAAUAACUUCUCUCACUGAUACCGUCAGUUUUUUCAUCGGUGUUUUCAGUCCAUUUCGUUCCGUACAAUUAUUUUGCAUAUAUUCAGGAAUAGCAACAAUUUUUACCUUUUUAUGGCACAUAACAUUCUUUUCCGGUUGUCUGGCUGUUUCCGGUUAUUGCGAAAAUAAAAAUUUACAUUCCGUAUUUUGCAUACCCGUACAACCAAAAUCUCUUUCGGUUAACAGGCAUUGGUUGUACAGAGUUUUUUGUGCAGGAGGUAUCAAUCACGAAGAUCCAAAUAAUCCGAUGGAUAACAGCGAACAUAUGAUUAUGAUAUUUUUUAGAGAUCACGUGGCUACUUUUCUUAAUAAGUGGCAAGUCAAAGUCAUGGUUUUAUUAACGUUUGCCGUUUAUUUAAUGGGUGCUUGCUAUGGUAUAACAACACUUAAAGAAGGUUUACAAAGAAGAAAAUUAUCUCGAGCCGAUUCAUAUUCCGUUGAAUUUUACGAUCGAGAAGAUUAUUAUUUUAGAGAAUUCCCAUAUAGAAUACAAGUCAUCGUUUCUGGAGAAUUAAAUUAUUCCGAUCCGAAUACUCAGGAUGAAAUUGAAAAAUUAACACAAACGUUUGAAAAUUCUUCCUUCGUAUCGAAUUCUCUAUACACAGAAUCCUGGGUUAGAUCUUUUACAAGUUACAUACGAAGAAACGGUGAUUAUUUAAACGUAACCAUUGAUACAGAAGAAGAUUUCAUUGAAAAUUUAAAAUCGCUUUGGCUUUUCAAACCCAAUCCGUUUUCUUUGGAUGUUAAAUUUAACGAAGAUGAAACAAAAAUUUUGGCAUCGAGAUUUAUGAUUCAAGCCAUUAACAUUACCGAUGGUAAUCAUGAAAAAGAAAUGGUACAAGAACUCCGAAGAAUAGCACAUAGCAGUCCAUUAAACGUCACCGUUUUCCAUCCUUAUUUUGUUUAUUUCGAUCAGUUCGAACUCGUUCGACCGACGUCCAUACAAUGCAUGGUAGUAGGUGCUAUAAUAAUGAUGAUAAUAUCAUUUAUUUUCAUACCCGAUAUGAUUUGUGGAGUUUGGGUUGCGUUUUCGAUAAUUUCAAUCGAACUCGGAGUGGCCGGAUAUAUGGCUUUGUGGGAUGUUCGUCUCGAUUCCAUUUCCAUGAUUAAUCUUAUCAUGUGCAUCGGAUUUAGCGUUGAUUUCACUGCGCAUAUUUGUUAUACGUAUAUGAGUUCUUCAGAGAAAAAUUCGCAGGAAAGAGUUAAAGACAGUUUAUAUUCAUUAGGUCUUCCGAUUGUUCAAGGAAGUUUUUCAACAAUUUUAUCAGUUUUUGCCUUGAUCUUAGCCGAUAGUUAUAUAUUUUUGGUAUUUUUUAAAAUGGUGUUUUUGGUCGUCUUUUUCGGCGCUAUGCACGGACUCUUCUUACUUCCUGUUCUGUUAAGUUUGUUCGGACCUGGAAGUUGCACGCGAAGAAAAAAAGACAAAGUAUCAAAAGUUGAAAAAAGCUUGCCCUAUCCUUAUUGCAUUCCACACCCGAGUUUAAUUUCAACAAACUGGGGAGAGCCACAACCGCAGCAGAAAAAAACUGACUGGGAUGUUUCAGAGAAACAAAAUAACAACUUUUUAUCAAACAGAGCGACAAUGCCUUAUUUGCCAAAUUUACCUUCUCAUAUGAUAUUAAGCACAUAUGAAAGAAGUAGUCCGAUGUUGGAAAAAGAUUUAGGACUUGGAACGUCUGGAGAAGAAUCAAGUGAAACAGCCUCAGGGUCCGGACAAUUCGAAGUAACGAAGCAAGGGGAUAAACGACACAGAGGAUUUGAAGAAAAUUGGAGAAAAACCGGAGAAAAAAAUUGGAAUUAUUGGAAAAAUAAAGAGGGAUAUAAUAAUAAUGCUUAUUUGUCAGAUGACACUACACGCCCGAGGCAUUUUAAAAAUUUUGAUUCGAAUGACAAAUACAAUAGCUCAAAAAUUGAAUAUAUAAAAAGAAAAAAAAAUGGUUCUGGGAAUCCGGAAACUUUAGAAAAAUUAGAGGGUAAUAAAUUAUAUCGUGACAAACAAAAAAGAGAACGUUUUCAAGAUAAUAAUAAUAGGGAUUUUACUAAAAAUGAAAUUAAAAAAUUUUCCUAUCCUCCAAAAUCAGAUGUUGUGUGGUAUCACCCACAUAACAGUAGGUAUUCAAAAACUUAUAGUAUAGAUGAUAGUCAGUUAGAGGAAAGUAGAAGAGGCAAACAAAUAUUUCGAAGGCUGUCUGAACAUGAAACAUAUGCAAAAUAUAGAAAUGGUUAUCAUCCCUCUCACAAUUUUUAA